AUGAUCAACGUGCUUGUGCUCUUUGUUGCUCUGCUGUCUGUCGUUGCUUGCCGUCCACUGCCGGGGCCGGAGCUUGGGAUCGAGGCGUUUCAUACCCCUGAGAUCCACCCUGCAAGUACGGGUGCGGGACGGGAGGUCUAUCUACAAGCUGAUACUGCCCCUGCGGGUGUUCUAGACGGCAUCGCGAGUACUGGUGGUGGUAGUGGCUCUGGGUGGGAGAUAAGUGACGUCGACACCACAAGCUCUAGCUCUAGCCCCACCACUCCCCCCCCAUCCGAACUCUCAUUGGGAACAUCACCGCCAGCUACAAAGUCACUCUUCAAGCGCGCCGUCCCCACCAAGACCAUCAACGCCAUAAUUUGGACCUUCAUCACCCCCUGCUUCGUCAUAUACAUCGGCGGCAUGGCCUCUCUGCCGGGCACCCGCCUGCACCGGUGGCUCCAGGCCUGUAGGCGACGGUGCAGCAGGGGACGGUACUGCGUGUGUGGGUUCCGCAUGGACGUGCGCGUGAGUUGGAAGGACGGGGAGUGGCGGACGAGGUUUAGGGACGGUGUGGAUGUGGAGCGGGACGGUGGGGUGAAUGGAUGGGGUGUCCAGGUGCAGGAAGAGGAGGAGGGGGCGAAGGUGAAGGUACCGGAGAAGGCGUUUUUGGGGUGGAGGAAGUAG